AUGAAGGACCUGUGCCAGCAGGCGGAGGGGUCUGCACCGGAGCCAGGAAGCGAUGCCCAAGUUUACCGGCCCCGGCUGCUCAUGGCUUCAGCGUCACCGCUCCUGCUACUGUGGCAUUGUCAGCUCUUAGUGCACCAGUUCAGCAUUGCCUGCUCAAGCACGCAGCCGGGAGCACGCGAGGACCCCGAAGAGCCCCGCGCCCCGCGUCCUGCGCCGGCCCCGGAUCCUCACGAGGACGGCCCCUCUGCUCCGGGCCGGGGGCGCCGGGCGCGGGCGGCCCCGCGGGCUCAGGUCUCGCUCAUCAGCACGUCGUCGUUCGUGCUCAAGGGGGACGCGACUCACAACCAGGCGAUGGUGCACUGGACGGGCGAGAACAGCAGCGUGAUCCUCAUCCUGACGAAGUACUACCACGCAGACAUGGGGAAGGUUCUGGAAAGUUCCCUGUGGCGGUCGUCGGACUACGGCACGUCCUACACCAAGCUCACCCUGCAACCUGGUGUCACUACCAUCAUCGACAACUUCUACAUCUGCCCGACAAACAAGAGAAAGAUCAUCCUGGUGAGCUCCUCGCUUGGUGACCGUGAGCAGAACCUCUUCCUGAGCACCGACGAGGGCGCCAGCUUCCAGAGGCAACCCAUCCCCUUCCUCGCAGAGACCCUCCUCUUCCACCCCAAGGAUGAGGACAAGGUCCUGGCCUACACCAAGGAGAGCAAGCUCUAUGUAUCGUCUGACCUGGGGAAGAAGUGGACACUUCUGCAGGAACAAGUGACCAAAGACCACGUGUUCUGGGCAGUGUCUGGGGUGGACGCUGACCCCGACCUGGUCCACAUGGAGGCCCAGGACCCCAGUGGAGGCUUUCGCUAUGUUACCUGUCAGAUCCACAACUGCUCCGACAGGCCGCUCACAGCUCCAUUCUCUGGCCCCGCUGACCGUGGCUCGCUGACUGUGCAGGAUGAUUACAUCUUCCUCAAGGCAACCUCAACAAAUCGGACUAGAUACUAUGUCUCUUACCGUCGCAGUGACUUCACCCUGAUGAAGCUGCCCAAGUACGCACUGCCAAAGGACCUACAGGUGAUCAGCACGGAUGAGAACCAGGUGUUCGUGGCAGUGCAGGAAUGGUACCAGACAGACACCUACAACCUGUACCAGUCGGAUCCACGCGGUGUGCACUACACCCUGGUACUAGAGGACGUGCGCAGCUCGCGGCAGGCGGAGGAGAGUGUGGUCAUCGACAUCCUUGAGGUCAGAGGGGUGAAAGGCGUGUUUCUGGCGAACCAGAAGGUUGAUGGGAAGGUAAUGACACUUAUCACCUACAACAAGGGCCGCGACUGGGACUUCCUCAGGCCGCCCAGCAGCGACAUGAACGGGAAGCCCACCAACUGCCAGCCGCCUGACUGCCACUUGCACCUGCACCUGCGCUGGGCGGACAACCCCUACGUGUCAGGCACCGUGCACACCAAGGACACCGCCCCUGGCCUCAUCAUGGGCGCAGGUAACCUGGGCUCGCAGCUGGUGGAAUACAAGGAGGAGAUGUACAUCACGGCAGAUUGUGGGCGCACCUGGCGACAGGUAUUUGAGGAGGAGCACCACAUCCUCUACCUGGACCACGGCGGCGUGAUAGUGGCCAUCAAGGACACCUCCAUCCCCCUGAAGGUCCUCAGGUUCAGUGUGGACGAGGGCGUCACGUGGAGCACGCACAACUUCACCAGCACCUCGGUGUUUGUGGACGGGCUGCUGAGCGAGCCGGGAGAUGAGACGCUGGUCAUGACGGUCUUCGGCCACAUCAGCUUCCGCUCCGACUGGGAGCUGGUCAAGGUGGACUUCCGGCCCUCCUUCUCCAGGCCGUGUGGCGAGGAUGACUACAGCUCCUGGGACCUCACCAGCCUCCAGGGUGACCAAUGCAUCAUGGGACAGCAGCGGAGCUUCCGGAAGAGGAAGCCGGCGUCCUGGUGCGUCCAGGGCCGGACCUUCACCGCAGCGCUCACGGCGCGCGUGUGCCAGUGCCGCGACUCGGACUUCCUCUGUGACUAUGGGUUCGAGCGCAUGCCUGCCGCGGAGCCUGGUGCCAAGUGCGCAGCCAACUUCUGGUUCAACCCCCUGUCCCCACCCGAUGACUGCGCAGUGGGCCAGACCUACACCAGCAGCCUUGGGUACCGGAAGGUGGUGUCCAAUGUGUGUGAGGGUGGCGUGGACCUGCAGCGGGGCCCAGGGCCACUGCCGUGUCCCCUCACGCCACCCCGGGGCCUGCGGGUGAGCAUCCUGGGCGAGGCAGUGGCCGUGCGGCCUGGAGAGGACGUGCUGUUCGUGGUGCGGCAGGAGCAGGGUGACGUCCUGACCACCAAGUACCAGGUAGACCUGGGUGACGGCUUUAAGGCUAUGUACGUGAACCUCACACUGACUGGUGAGCCCAUCCGGCACCGCUACGAGAGCCCUGGUGUCUACCGUGUGUCCAUCAGGGCAGAGAACAUGGCAGGGCACGAUGAGGCUGUGCUCUUCGUCCAGGUCAACUCCCCUCUGCAGGCCCUCUACCUGGAGGUGGCCCCUGCCAUUGGCAUUGAUCAGGACUUGAACCUCACAGCUGUGCUGCUGCCCCUGAACCCCAACCUCACUGUCUUCUACUGGUGGAUCGGCCACAGUCUGCAGCCCCUCCUCUCCCUGGACAACUCAGUGGCCACGCGGUUCGCGGUCCCAGGAGAUGUACGUGUGACAGUGCAGGCAGCCUGUGGGAGCUCAGUGCUGCAGGACUCCAGGGUGGUCCGUGUGCUGGACCAGUUCCAGGUAGUGCCUCUGCGCUUCUCCCACGAGCUGGAUGCCUUCAACCCCAACACGCCUGAGUGGAGGGAGGACGUGGGCCUGGUGGUCACCCGGCUGCUGUCCAAGGAGACUGCUGUCCCUGAGGAGCUGCUGGUGACCGUGGUGAAGCCAGGGCUGCCCACUGUGGCUGACCUGUAUGUGCUGCUGCCCCCAUCCAGGCCCACGAGGAAGAGGAGCCUCUCAAAUGACAAGAGACUCACAGCCAUCCGGCAGGUGCUGAGUGCCCAGAAGGUCCACUUCGUCCUCCAGGGUGGACUGCGUGUCUUGGUGUUUCUGCGGGACACAGACUCAGAGUUGCAGAGGCUGGGUGGCGGCGGCGGAUACUGGGCUGUGGUGGUCCUCUUCAUCGUGGGGCUCUUUGCCGUGGGUGCCAUCAUCCUCUACAAAUUCAAAAGGAAACGCCCGGGCAGGACGGUGUACGCGCAGAUGCACAAUGAGAAGGAGCAGGAGAUGACGAGCCCCGUCAGUCACAGCGAGGACACGCCGGGUGCCAUGCAGGCAGCCCCUGCCAGGAGGGGGCGGAGCCUCAGCCCCUCCCACAUCCCCUUGCUGCCCCGGCCAGGCAACCACUCGGGCGUGGUCCUGAGCAUCAACUCCCGAGAGAUGCACGGCUACCUGGUGAGCUGAUGCGCUGCCCCUGCCCGCCUCCCGCUGCCCUCCCAGCGCAGAGCGCUCCUGUGCCGGAGCGACGUCCGGAGACCUGACCAGAGGCCACCUCCGCCAGCCGCCCCCAGGGGACGCGCCUCCUCCCUGUUCAGCCCACGCCCACGGAGGCUCAGGAGCCGACCCCCAGCCCACAGGAGCCCGGGGCCCCCUCCCCGCCCGCAGGCAUCCGGGCACCGGCCCUCACACAGCUGCCCUGACCCCUUCCACUUGCCCCUGCAGAGGGCGCCCCGGAGCCCCUGCAGCCCGUGGGCUGGGCCGUGUCCACGCCUUCCCGCCUCUGUCCCUCUGUAAACCACAGAUGAUGUCACUUCUCUCUGGUGGCUACACUCGCUGGGGCUUCCUUUGUCACCACACUGUCACCAUCUAGGUGACUCUGGCGGCCACGUUCUUGGGAACCCCCUUUCCAGAGCCCUCAGCCGUCACUCCUGGGGUUCACUCUGGUUGUCCCUGGGGUGUGGGGGCCUCAGGGACCCCUGCCUGCAGUUCCUGCUCCCGCAAGUAGGCAGUGCCCUCCCGAAGCCUGGCUGCCCUGCCCCCAGAAAGGGCUCAGUGCUGCCCAAUGCAUCCAGUUCUCUGCGCAGCUCGCAGUGGGGCCCUGCAGAACCAGCCAGAAUGGGGGCAGAGAGGGCAGCCCCCAGGGGCAGGCUGCUCUUGGCAAAGAGGGGAGAGGUCACCGCAAGAUGGCAGCAAGGGUGGCCCCACAACCGGGCCUCUGCCCUGAGGCAGGGCGGCUUCUGCUGUCCAUGCUGCCAGGCAGCGACACAGACAGCAGGCCUUCACCUUUUGCCUUGGAAGGGAGCCAGCGGCCCCUGCUCCUCCUCAUUCUCCUUUCCCUCCCCCUCCAGCCCAGGCUUUCCUGGAGCCAGGACCCAGGCUGGGACAGGGCUGGCGCCAUCUUCCCGAGGAAGAGGAGUGGCCUGCUAGGGGUGCCUGGCGGGCUCUCACACCAGGCAAUGCUCGGGCACACCAUCUUUGCCUUGUGGGUGGCAACCAGCAUCCAGGCCAGGUCACAGACGGGACUCAGGGACAGAGGGCACCCAGCCUGGCCUCACCAACACCUCUCCCACUGCUGCCUGCCCUGGACCCCAUGCCCUGCAUGCUUCCCCUGUGGGGAGGGACUGGGGGCGGGCCCAGAGUGGCAGAGGCUGUGGCCCCUAACACUUUUGCUGUGGCCCGCCCACCUCUUGCUGGAUACCUACACAGGGACCUGCCUCCUGCUGGCCACUCACCUGUCCUGCUUGAGUGUGGGCCUCCCUGAGCACAGUCCUGGUUCAGCCGACAUGGCGCGGCCGAGCUCCUGGUGCCUACAGGGCCAGCACAGGCCUGGGCCUUCCGGCCGCUCAGUUAUACUUUCUCAGCUGUGUCAGGGCCUCCCUUAGUUAUUUGUGUUUUCCUUGUAUUUUGUGUUAUUACUUUUGUUGAGACCAUCUUGGGUGCGUGGCCCCAGGACCCCGGGAAAGAGAUGUCACCCGACAUAACCCUGUUGCCCCAUCUCUAUAACCAUAGAGGUGAUCGCUACUGAUGUCUGCCGCCCCCAGCUGGUCACAAAGGUUCAUGGGCUUGAGGCACAGACUCGUCUCGGGCACCAAGACAGGUGCAGGGACUGAAGGUGGUGGUGGGUGUCCAGGGUGUCCCCCAGCUGGAUGGGUCCCACACGUGGUUUAUGCACAUAACAGAGGCCAUGCAUUCUUUCUUAUUUUUUCCCUUUAUAAAAACCAAUAAAUCAUUUGUGAUGCUUUUAACAAAGA